AUGAAAUUCACCAACGUCUUCGCCACCCUCGCACUCGCUUUCUCCGCCCGUGCCGUCGUCGUCACUUAUGACAACACCUACGAUAACCCGAACGGCUCGCUCGACAGCGUCGCCUGCUCGAACGGCGCGAACGGGCUAGAGACCCGCUUCGGCUGGGAGACGUUCAACCAGAUUCCCCACUUCCCCUACAUCGGUGGCGGCGCGCCCGUCGCGGGCUGGAACUCGACCAACUGCGGGACGUGCUGGAACCUCGCGUACGCCGGCACGGGCAAGAGUAUCAACGUCGUCCUGAUCGACACCGCGUUCGGGUUCAACAUCGCGCAGGAGGCGCUCGACGACCUCACGGACGGCCAGGCCGUGGCGAAGGGACACUUUGACGUGACCGCUACUCAGGUCUCCGCUGUGUCGUGCGGAUUGCGCGGUCCGAAAUGGUGGGUCUGA